AUGGCUCCGUCAAGCGGGCAACCCCCAUCGGUUGAAGCAACCACCUACCUCAUCAAUCAUGUCGUACUUCCGCCCGCUCUACCUCAAGCUGAUGACUUCCGCCCCUCAAACGAUCGCCAUCUGGUCGAACAAACCCUACAGGCUCUGCAUGACCUGGAGAAUAUCGUGCAAGAAGAUGAGGUCAAGGUAGUCAUUGGUGCAAUUUCGAUGAUCAACAACCUGCUCAGCACCCAAGACUCUCACGGCGUGGUAUCUGAGUCUCGUCUUCAGGCUGUAUUUGCCAAACUCAUUGAUGGACCGAUAGGUGUAGUCGCACCUAUUGAGGUCAAAGCCCAGAACGCUGGGAUUCUUGUUAGUCGGAGUGCUGACUACAUCACCUUCGAGUUCUUCGAACUCUCUCCAACCAACGAGGCAGCCAUGAAGACAAAAGGCCGACUUGUUCGCACCUUCCCAGCAUCAGCAUCUCGAAUCUCCCUCACUACGAUGCGAGAAGAUGGACUUGUAACAUCGCUUGCUCAAACGGUUGCUAAGAUGGCAGUUCAAGCAGUGCAUGGCUUCCGACCUCAGAUAACCGGACCUGGCUACACGCAAGACGACCCGCACGAUACUGCAGACCCGGAUCUAGUUACCGAUUUAUUGCAGACCAUCAUCACUGCCUUGGGUGAGAAAGAAGAUGUAAUCUCCAUCACGAAGAACACUCGCGAUGAAACUUUAUGGAAAGACUGCAAGAGACCAUGGCGACGUUCCGCCUUGUGGCUUUUUGUACGUGUAUCCCUGCAGGCUUUCUUCUCUCGCAACGCACCCAACAAGCGAUCUCCAGACAGCUUGUAUAAAGCUUUCAUGAUAUUGUUUCUGACUCGGCUUUUGGACGACGAGAACUUGAAGGGUCUCGACAGCGACGUCAUCUACACCGUCUCAGCCAAGCUGACUCGCCGUCUACGUAAGUUCGAGGCCCUGCAGCAGUUUGAGUCUCUCCAGCCUCACUGGGCACUUUCCGUUCAUCUUGCCUUAAUCGCGGCGCAUUCUUUCAUACACGAGAAGUGGAAUGCUGCUGUAGAAAGCACAGAGGCCAAUAUUGACUUUACUUUCCUCGAAAAUCUACAGCCGGAAGCUGAUCUCGACAUCAAACUUCCCGACCUCAACGCAUUCGUGUCUGGAAUGGCUGCUCGGCGACGAAGUGCAGCUAAUCCCGGAUUCAAGCCUGCCUCGGAGUUCCCUGACCUCUUGCCCAAUGCGAUCCCAGACGGCAUAAGUGCUUCUAGUGACUACAAGUCGUUUCACUUAGCGGCAUUGGAGGGAUGGAUUGAGCACAAUCUUCAAAAUUGGUUGUCGCUGCAUGAACGCGAUACAACUACUUGCGGAAAACUUCGUCGUUUGAUGACAACUUACCAUUGUGCUGCCAGCGAAGCAUAUGCAGGCAUUCCUAUCAGCACCUCAGUCAUGUACCUGAUUAUCCUUGAGCUUUGGGUAGCCUGCGACAAAUCGGCUUGCAGUAUAUACCCUCUGCUAGCUAAGUUUGAUCCUGAGAUCUGUAUGGCUGAGCUGCAGUGUCUCUUGCUACCUCUGAAAGGACAGAUGGAACGCUUACACGAGAUUGAAAAGCACGUUCACUCACGAAUAUCCGGAUCGACGAAAAAGUCACCAUCCUUGUAUCGUGACUUCGGAGACAAGACUUCUUUCGCUGUUCGAUACUUCAAUCAGUCGCACGAACAUCAGUCGUUGAAAGCAAACAUCGAACGCGAUGCAACCGAACAGCGUGAACAGAAGUGUGAGGAGUUGAUGAAGUUGAAGAGUGAUUACGAACAGCUCAUGAGACGCUACAACGACUCUGAGUGUGCAUUCAUGGAAAACGGUAUUCCUGUCGAUAACUCGAUAAAGAUACACAGCCCCAGCUGCUCUCGAUGUGCCUUCAAAACUCGAGCAGAAGCCCUGGAUAUCGACAUACACGAAUGGCCUCUUCCAAAGGAAGAACACACCGCGAAGGCAACAGUAUUCGAGUUGAAUAUACCAGAGGCUUUCAGUGAAUGGCGGGAUUGUUCAGCGUAUCUGAUCAUCAACGUGCUCGAGUUCCUGGACAAGAAGCCUAGAAAACCACAAAGCACAUACGCUCUCGAUCGGCACCAAGGGCUUUCUCAGACCCUCUCUUCUCACUACGAAGAACAACGCAUCAUUAUAGUGUCUGCGAUCAAGCCUCACACCGGUAAUUAUCGAGCGAAACAGAACGGACUCCUCAAUAUUACUGAUGCGGAUGUAUGUUUGGAUAGCGCGCUGGUAUACGACUAUUACGACAAACAACGCAACACCUUCAGCGUGCCUCUCAAACCUCCUGAAGAUUUUCCACAGAAGUGCAGAUAUUCUAUGCCCGAUCAUUCAAAGGCUCUCAAACGUUUCAUGUACAGGCCAUCCUCUGCUCCUGAUGGCGUCGCUCCGAACGAAGUGAUCUCUGGAGUUUCCGAUUGCCCGCCUCGCUUCUCUGUCGAUGAAUUCAAGGCUAUUGCAGCCAUGGGAUUGGGCCGACACAUCUUCUAUUCCAACCUGUUGUCGCAGCUUGCCAUGCCUACCGUGGACUUUGCCAAGGUAGAGACACACUGCAUGAUCCUGCAGACAGUCUAUCAGGUCGGCCCGCCAAACCGUAGCGUGGAACGCGGAGCUCACGAGAACUUCAAUGAUGAACUCUUCUGCAACGCAAUGCUAAAUCAGCUCCAGGAUAAUCUUGGACGUCUGACAAAGAACUGGGAGUCGUGGAGAUCUCUUUCAAUCUUCGUGAUCCUUGCUCGCCGUACACUCAGCUUAUCAUCAUCGACUGGAAUUCAUCAACGCGCCUUGGAAUACCUUGCAGAAGUGCGCCGUGUCUGCAUGGAAUGGUUUUACCAUCUACAUCAGAGAAUUGCUUCCUCCCUGGACGAUGAGCAGAGGUGUGAACUCAACUCGAGAGCGACAGAGAUUGCUCUCCUUUGCACUGACACGUUUGACGUUGAAGAAGUACACCUUGACGUUGUCCUACAACAAGAGUUUGCGAUCUCGAUGCUCCUUCAAUGCUCAAUUGCAGUGCAAGAGAAUCAACGAACAGUCAAGCCGGAAUCGGAGAGUCUCUACAACGCUACACUCCAGGACUGGAGACGUCUAAUGUAUCGUGUCUUUCCCAAGCUUCGCGAGAACAUACUUCGUGAUAAUACGGGGCUUGACCAAGCAGUCUUGGCUACGUGGGCCGCUUUCCAGAGAACACCGGGAACAUCAUGGGCUUCGCUCAAUCAAUCGCAAGGGCACUGGCUUUGUGUGACGUCUGGUCAACUUCCCGUGCAUUUGAAUUUGCUCACUGCGGAACUGCUAGUAAAUGGCUUACCUUUGACCCGGUUGCCCUCUGAGUACCUGUUACACGAGAUGUACACACCUCUCUUCCAAAAGUCAGCAUUGGAUGUAGUACCUAGUGACGAGCCAGGGAUGCAUUUCUCUGGGAAGUCAACCUUCCGUGGUCAGAAAAUACAUUUUGGAAUGAGAGGAAGUGAUUUGCUGGUGGUCGCGCUGGCCAAUGGUAGAAGGUUUGACCUUCUCCCACCGCGUUUGUUUGAGCAUCGACUGCCCCAUGCGUUCGUGUCAGACUUCAUUCAUUGGUACGACCACAAUAACAACGAAAUUCUAUUUCGACCGCGAGAGCACCCAUGGAUAUCCGACGAUAGCAAUACCGGAUGGUGCCUCAAACUCCGCGAUUCUUCAUGGCGUCUUGUGAAAGACAGCAAAGAACUGGUGGGAAUGACUAGCGAGACCGCACGUGUCAUCACGAGGAUACUCUCAGCAGUCGAAACCCCAAUGUAUAUUCACACAAUGCUUGACAACACUUCCGCCAGAACUCGGGUCCAGGUUCAGCUUCCACGACUUCGGCUUGAUUUCUACUUUACACCAGGUGAACGUCGACUGUAUUCCCGUCAAUAUCGCGGAAUGAUUGUCGACAAUGAUCAAAGAACCGAUACUUUGAUUGGGCUUUCUAGCAAACUUGUGUUGAAACACGAAGAUGAGAACCUUGCUCAUCAACGAAUGCUAUUAGUACCAGCACCGCGAGGCUUCGAGAAGGAGAAAGUCCAAUACGCGAAACUCUCCAGUCCGAAUCGCAUGUCCAUCGUGAUCAAUAAGGAUCACAUUGCUAAGGUACACGUAUAUUUACUUGACAGCAUCCUCGGACGGGUACAAGACAACGGUGACUUACAAAGCAAGCUACUCCUCAUUUACCUUCACGCAUUGACAUCUCACUGCCUGCCUGAUCCUUUGACUGGAUUUACUGGUACAGAAUCCGCUUUGACCAUUCUCAAGUCAGAAGCUGUGGGCUCCUUCCAGGAUCUCACAACCACAGAUACGGAGUGCAUGGUUCAGAUUGCUCGGCUAUCACCUGGAAGGUCCUUUCACCCCUCCCAGGAAAAGAAGAUGCAACAAAUUACAUGGGAUCUGAAUCUAUCGUCUCUUUCACAACACACUCAAUUCCACACGGUUGUGACUGUUUUAUUGGAUCAAGCCCGGAAAAUGAACAUUUUCAGCUUGAAUAGUUUUAUUGAGCCCAAAGGGUUGCCUUCCAUUAAACUGCAUCUCCAAGAGCGAGAAGCAAUUCGGUGUUCGUCAUUUCGGGUCUUUGGAUUCGGGGCAGAGAGCUUCACAACUACGGAGGAUUCAAAGUACAACGCGAGAGACAGCAGAAACGACCCAGAGAAAGCUGAACGCGCUUUUGUAGCUGCUACGAUGAUUUUUCGAGAUCAAGCCGCUCUUCACAGUGCCAUCCCCAACUUCAGGGAUGUCCUACUCCAGACACAUUUCGAUUUCACCACACAAAAAGACUUUACCACUAUUACAGGUGUGAGUGACCCUGUAGUGGAAGUAAGCCUGCAAUUUGAUCCUAUGUGGCUAGAUUGCUUGACUCCACUACUGAAAGAGUAUUGGUGCACUUUGCAUCAAUCUUUGGCAAAUUUGUCCCAGAAGUACAACAAGUUCGACAUCCUGGUUUGGCUUUCCACACUAGCCUAUGCGAAGUCAGCCGAUAUGGAUACUGUUCAGGCGCUUGGAGCGAUGUAUCGACUCCCAGAUUUAGCCACACCUCAAAUACCUUCUGCAUCUUCCUUCGACUUGUCUCACGGACACACCUUCAAUGUUCAGCAGAUUCAGCUUAUCGCUAAGCGUCAUGCUGUGCCAUUCAGGUCAUGCCCGGAGUACAGUAUUCCUAUGAUGGCGGAUGAAACGAACAGAAAGUAUGGCUACAGGAGACGGGGUGCAUACCAGAGAAGUCAAAACCAUGCCCUUCGAACUCUCCUCGAAUCUGUGUCGAAGCAGUGGCCUCAGAAAGUCCCAACUACACCCGCUUCCACAAUUAUCAACACGUAUUUCUACACGUCAGCUGCGAUGAGAGAGAUUGCCGAUAGGUUCAAAGCGUGGCAUGAUAAUCGACGCUUCCAUAAGUAUCUCCAGAGCGUUUCAAACAUAUUGGCUGGUCUAGGAACCCUGGAAAUUUCGGUCCCACAGACUGAUGGAAUGCCGUUGAUGGAGAAGCACACAAUGGAUGCUGAAGAUCGACAUGCCAGCAUGAGAACAGUUUUUGCCUCACCAGCACCUGAAAAAUCACAAGCACGUAAUUAUCUAUGUUCCUUGUUAACCAAUUCGACAGCGUUUGAACCGGAUGUGCCGACUAUUGAGCAGCUAUCUCAUCCUUCUACUCUUCACACCAAGCGUCGUCUCAUGCUGCUCUGUGAGAGUCUGGACACUUGCGCAAGGUCCAACUGCGAGAAAGACUAUGUCGAGAGUCUACGGGAUAGUUGUCGUUCUCUUGACUCGCUUUCAGGCGGAACUGAGGUACAGAGCAUAAUGAGUGGCGGCGAGACUGAGAAUUUGUUACGAGAAUAUCGGGAUGAAUGUGACGAGCACUAUCAAAACUUGAGUGACGCUCUCACUGACGCAGUGGAGAACUCUAGCGAAGGAAUCGCAUUCCGCAUUCAGCAGUGCCCACGCAUAUCCCCAACCUUCUGGCUCAGCUAUCUGCAUCGGGAGCGAUUCAACACACUGCCCGAGAUUUGGAAAAACGCCAUCGUUGAGUACGCCAUCGCUAUCACUCAUCUCCAUCGCGCCCAGCGUUUGAUGGCUCUUGGUCAUAAGCCGGUGGAGCUAGCUGAAGAGCUUCGUCAUGUGGGUCAUACCAAUUGGAACCCUAGAGAUUUCCCCGAGACAUUGCUGUUCGAAGCGGAAUCAUCCUCCAUGAUACGAGAGGUUCAGGAGGCGAUUGCCGGCAUGAUGAGAAAUCCCCCAGACGACGACAACACCCUUUAUCAGCUCAACAUGGGAGCAGGAAAAUCAUCAACAAUUGUUCCCAUAGUUGCGGCCGCUCUUGCGGACAAGCGGAGAGUCAUUGUCAAUAAGGCUCAAUCGAAACAGAUGUUACAGAUGUUGAUUUCUAGGCUAGGUGGUCUACUCUCACGACGCGUGUGGAGUAUGCCGUUCUCUCGCAAUCUCAAAUUACUUCCAACAGAUGCCAAGAAGAUUCGGGACAUGUACCAAGAGUGUAUGGAUACGCAAGGCAUUCUGUUGGUUCUUCCAGAGAACCUCCUUUCGUUCAAGCUCAUGGGCAUUGAAAGCCUUCUGGCAGAGAAGAAUGAAACAGCACAAUCGCUUCUCGAAACCCAGGAGUUCCUCGAAGAAGUUUCUCGGGACAUUGUUGACGAAAGCGACGAAGUCUUUAAUACCCGCAAUGAGCUUGUCUAUACCAUGGGUGCUCAGAGGCCAAUCGACUUUGCACCAGAACGUUGGUUGAUCAUACAGGGAAUUCUCGGCUAUAUUCCAAGGUUCGCAGAGAAAGUCCAAGAAAACUCGCCUCUAUCCAUUGAGAUACACUCCGAAGGUCGUGGCAAGUUCCCCAGGAUCCGGUUGUUGCGAAGUGACGCUGGAGAUCAGUUGUUUGAUCUACUCGCGAAGCACUUGGUCGAUCGUGGGAUGCUUGGUCUAGCUUCCAUAUCCAACCAAGCACCCGAACUACGAGACGCGGUGUUUCGCUACAUCACUCAGAUCGACCCGAGUAAGGAAGAUGUUGAAUUGGUCGAGAACAGCGGAAUCUGGACCAACUCAACAAAACUGCCACUACUUCACGUUCGUGGUUUGAUCGGAGGUGGGGUUCUUCGCUUCAUCCUUGAGCGGAAACGUUGGCGUGUAGACUUCGGACUUGAUUCAAGUCGAACACCAAGUACGAAGCUUGCAGUUCCCUUCAAAUCCAAAGACAGCCCUUCCCAGCGCUCUGAGUUCUCACACCCUGAUGUGGUUCUGCUUCUCACACAGCUGUCAUUCUAUUAUGGUGGACUAAGCAACGCGGAGAUGUUCGACAUUAUAACUCACCUCUUGAGAUCAGAUCAAUCGGUCAUGCAGUAUAAUGAAUGGGUCAAGACCGCAUCUUCAGAUUUGCCAAGGGCUUUUCGCAACUUAUCUGGAAUCAAUAUCAAAGACCGCAUGCAGUGUGUCGAGGAACUUUUCCCGUACUUGCGCUACUCCCGGGCCGCUAUUGACUAUUUUCUCAACCACCUGGUAUUCCCUAAGGAGAUGCGCGAGUAUCCAGAACGGAUAUCUGCGUCAGGUUGGGAUCUGGGUGCAAAGAAGGCAAAUCCCACUACAGGAUUUUCCGGAACAGCUGAUACCUCGCAUGUCUUGCCUCUUGAUGUUAAGCACCUGAAUCUACCGAGUCAGAGUCAUACCAACGCAUUGGUAUUACAGCAUUUGCUCCAGCCAGAGACAGAGAUCAAACUGCUUGCACAGCGCACGGCUUCUACCGACGCAGACCAUCUCCUCGAGGCCGUGAACACUGCAGGCUCUGAAAUCAGGGUGAUAUUGGAUGUCGGAGCCAACGUCCUAGAGUUUGACAAUACUCAGUUUGCCGAGAGAUGGCUCUCUAUGCGUAAGAAUGAUAGAACACAGGCAGUUGUGUUCUUCAAAGAGGAGGAAUCAUCCGUACUAGACGUUUCAGGACGUAUCGAGCCGUUACAGACAUCGCCAUUUGCAAAGCAGCUAGAUCUCUGCCUAGUCUACCUUGAUGAAGCGCACACUCGUGGGACAGACCUCAAACUCCCGCGGGACUUCAGGGCUGCGGUAACCUUAGGGGCGAACUUGACAAAAGAUCGCCUGGUGCAAGCAAGUAUGCGAUUGAGACAGCUAGGCAAAGGCCAGAGCGUGGUCUUUGUAGUUUCCCAAGAGAUCGAGACCAAGAUUCGUGAGCGGAUGCGCAAGUCUCUCGACGAUCCCAUCGACGUAAUCGACAUACUCUGCUGGAGUAUCGGCGAGACCUGGACCGACCUAUCCAGAUCCAUGCCCCUUUGGGCAACUCAAGGUCGCCGAUUUGAGAAUAACAAGCAUCUUUGGAACGGCACAGAAACUACGAGGGAGCAAGCGAGCACUCUCGUAGAAGACGAAUCUCAGGGUAUCGAACUCCGCUACAAGCCGCGAGCCCAAGAAAACGACAGCACAUCUCAAUUAGAGGGAUGGAACAUGUCCAAUGCAAACAUUGCGGAGAUUGUUCAGAGAUGUCGAAACUUUGAGGCAAGUAGCUCCAGCCUUGGCUCUUUCCAAGAAGAACAGGAACGGGAGCUUGCUCCACAGAAUCAAGAAGAACGACAACUCGAACCUCCCGUUUCACUCGCUGCUGACAAGCAUAAAUUACACGCGGACCUUGAAAAACUGGCACGUACUGGAGCUUUCAAACAAAGCUCCCGAGCAUUUGAGCCUGCUUUCCAAAUUCUUCGGAAUACUAGUGCGGCUAGUCUAUUCGAUCUGAAGCAGUUCCCCACCAAUUUGUUGGUCACGGCAGAUUUUGUACGCACCGUCAAAAUUCCUUCCGGAGUGAAGAAGGCGGACUUCAUCUCGGAUGGUUACCAGCGACCGAUUCAAUGGAUUUUGUCAGUUCCUGGCCCUGAGUCCAUCCGUAGCCUCAUGAUCAUCAGCCCAUACGAAGCCAACGAGCUGCUCCCGAUUAUUCGUCGCACUAAAAAGGUGACUCUGCAUCUUUACGCUCCACGCUCGAACAUUGCCUUCUCCUCUCUCGACAGUCUCGAUCUCUAUAAUGUCGGCCGCGACUUUACUCCAGAUUCUGUUUCACGUUCCCUCACAGUACAGCUGAACCUUUUCGCCGGCAAUCUCUAUCUUCGUUCAUUCGCGGAGUACAGAGAGCUUUGCGAUUGUUUGGGACUGCUAAAUGGUCCAUCAGAGGAAGGUCAGCAAGUUGCAGUCGAUGGAUUCAUUACUCCGCCCACCGGCUCAUGGGGCCUGAAAAAGUCACCGGUGCCAUUCCUUCGGGCGCUACUCAUGAAGAUCAGGAGGGAGGGUCAAGGGGUUGAGAGGACACACAUUGGUAAAAUACUAAGUGGAUUGAAGUUGGAAGAGAGCGACUUUGAGACUGAUGCUUAGGAGUUUUGGGUAGAGGGACAGGGGUUACAAAAGACAAGGGUUGGAUACAUGGGCGCACACUUGAAGGACAACCUUGUCCCGACGGCAUUUCUAUCUUGACUUUUGACGAUACGUAGGCGGAAAAAAUGGAAGAGAAUACAGUUUCAUAAAGGGGUGGUACAGAUGAGAAAAGUCUAUGAUACAACAGAUUAAGAUUAGUAGCGGAU